AAAGUAUUUCCCCUGAAAAAACCAAAGGCUUUUUACCAAGUAGUGGCUUCUUUUCUUUCCUCCCUUUUUACACUAAAGCAGCAGCAAAAGCAGAUAGACUAUCGCUACUUUUGGCGGUGAGCAGCCUACCACUUGAAAACAUGGCUGCUUCAAAGAUGCUUAUCCCCUCUCUCACCAAGUUCCGCCCGCUAACAUGCGCCGCAGCGGCCUUUUACCCAACGCGGCUGGUACCUCACCCACCUGACCUCGUGAAGUGGGUCAAGAGGGAAGGUGGGUUCGUGCACGAGGCUGUGAAGAUUGCGCAGGACACCACCUUGAGCCUAGGCCUUGUAGCUUCUGGAGAAAUCCCCAAAGGCUCUGAUCUUAUCGUCCUCCCUGAUCACGCCCCCUUGAAGUUUCAAUCAGACGAACAAAAUGGGGCUGACUCUGUCUUGCUCCAUUUGUCUCACCAAGUUCCUGAUUUGAAUUUGAGUGAUUCUGGUGUCGCCUUGUGGGUUUUCUUGAAUUGGGUGACUGAUCAUUCGAAAAGCCUAAGCUUAUACGAAAGGGCCCAACUAUUAUGUUUAAGUUCUAACAGAGUUUUAAAUUGGACUCUGUGGGAGCAUGUGACAGAGGAACUAUGGGCCAUGAAGUUGGGUCUAAAGCUUCUGCAAGAAAGAGCGAAGGUUGGAUCCUUCUGGUGGCCGUACAUCAGCAAUCUUCCUGAAACUUACAGUGUACCCAUCUUCUUUACUGGAGAGGAUAUAAAGAACUUGCAAUAUGCUCCCCUGCUUUACCAGGUCAAUAAAAGGUGCCGUUUUCUUCUGGAGUUUGAGCAAGAAGUAAAAAAUGCUCUUAAGGAUCUGAAAUUAAGCGAACACCCUUUUGGUGGCCAAGAUGUUGAUGCAUCCUCCCUUGGAUGGGCAAUGUCAGCAGUCUCAUCCAGAGCAUUUCGAUUGUAUGGGAAAAAGCUUCCUGAUGGAAGCCGCAGUGAUAUCCCAAUGAUGCUUCCUCUGAUUGAUAUGUGCAACCAUAGCUUCAAUCCAAAUGCCCAAAUUGUGCAAGAACAAGAUGUUGGGAAUUCAAAGAUGCUAAUAAAGGUUGUAGCUGAAAAGGAUAUCAAACAAAAUGAUCCUUUACUUCUCCAUUAUGGCUGUCUAAGCAAUGACUUUUUCCUAUUGGAUUAUGGAUUUGUUAUGCCGUCAAAUCCGUAUGACUAUAUUGAGCUUAAAUAUGACGGAGCUCUUAUGGAUGCUGCAAGUAUGGCUGCUGGCGUUUCUUCACCCAAUUUCUCUGCACCAGCUCCAUGGCAGCGACAAGUUCUGUCUCAGCUUAAGUUAGAUGGAGAAGCUUCAAAUCUAAAGGUAAUCAUAGGAGGCCCCGAAUUGGUAGAGGGACGUUUAUUGUCUGCUUUAAGAGUUAUACUAUCAAAUGACAUGGAAUUGGUGCAGAGGUAUGAUUUGAACGUUCUAAAAUCUUUAUCAGCUGAAGCUCCCCUUGGAUUUGCAAAUGAAGUAGCUGUUUUUCGCACCAUUAUUGCACUCUGUGUGAUUGCACUGGGACACUUCCCCACAAAGAUAAUGGAUGAUGAGUCUCAAAUGGAACAAGGUGUUCCCGUUUCAACUGAGUUGGCGAUACAAUUCCGGAUACAGAAGAAAUCCGUGAUUAUAGAUGUCAUGAGAGAUCUCACAAAGAGGGUGAAGCUUCUGUCAUCGAAGGAGACCACCACUGCUUAAGGCUAAUUUUUUAUGAUAUAGAGUCAUUCAACUUCAGUUUGUUCGAUCUGACACUUGUUCUGGUUUUGCUAUCUUUGUUGUUAUAACCCGUAUAUAUUUAAUAUUUUUUGUAGGAUUUCCUGUUGGUUUCAGUAAUUUAACUUUUUACAUCUAUGAAAAAUUUUGACUGCUUUUACCUGCUGGUGAAAUUUGGUGUAUC